GAGCGUUUACUGGCCGACAACAUAAAUAAUGUUAUAUAUAGUUUAUAAAGAGGCGGUAGUCGGGAAGAAUAACUUCCUCCUUCACUACUGUGAAAACGUUGAGGAAUCAGAGAUCAGAGUUGAUUGGAACUAUAAAUACAUCAGUGUAUCGAUAAGAGCAAUUCUAGGAACCAUGGGAGCCAGAUUUAACCUGCUGAAAUUUACCUGUGUGGUGACACUGGUGGAUCUCCUCAUAACAGGUAUACAUUCCACCAUUUGCACUGACAGGGCGGCUCUAGAUGGAUUCACAAACGUGUUGCCGAUGUGUAGGAGUGGGACUUUAACUGCUGGCCGUGUGUUGGUGGAUACUUACGACACAGGAGGGUUAGGACACAUCAGUUGUCAGUGUUCAGUUAGACUGACUGUGACACAUACAGUUCCCGUCCACUUCGACGUCAGUGCUUAUCCUGAUACAGCGCCGGUGUCUGAUUGUAGAAGUAAACUAAGAUUUACCAGGCUUCGUUUUAAUACAUUUGCAGAAUAUAUAUGUCAGCAAAUUAGUGGGGACGUCAUCAACAACUUUACAAUCAACGAGGUUUACAAUAUUAUGUUAACCAGAUCAGAUGACAACAUCCCAUGGCAGUCUGGGUACUGUAUCUUCUUUAAAACGGAUGUGGAUAUAAAUGUUACAUGUGAAGCGCCUUCUCCAGGGUUAAGAACAACAAAGGCGGCGGCGACGACGACGACGACAACAACAACAGCCCAACCAUUAAAAACUACAUCAACACCACCAACAGUAUCACCAGCAUUACCUCCAGCUGAUGUCAUAUGUGGGUGUUGUAAAUGCAAUGAUCCCGCUUUCCCAUUAGCCGCCGUGAUUGUGCCCAUAGUGGUAUCCGUACUGGUGGUGGCUUUGGGUACGGCAGUAAAUAUAAUUCUGUAUAGACGGCUGUCUGUGCCACUACAAAAUUUGGACGGUGUUCCGAUUUUCCACACCAGGAAAAGGAGCAGUGUUGACAGCGGGUACAAUCCUUACACGUCCCACUGUCACAAUUUUGACAUGACGUUCCGGGGAGAUAACCCUCGUCGCAUUGCAAUAGUGUAUCUUGUGUACAUUCAAAGUCGAAAAAGACGAACUUUGAAAUAA